AUGAGGACCCUCACUCCGCAGCCCCCAUCUGGCUCCUCCUCUUCCUCUUCUGCAGCUGCUCCUUCUUCUUCUCAAAACCCCUUUGCCGAUGAUGACCAGGCUUCAUCUAUAAGUAUCCCAGCAUCUCCAAGCAAUAGUAGAGCUUUAAUCCCUCCACCUCCUCCACCACCGCAUCGUGCAAACUCCAUUGCAGCUUCCUCAAACUAUACUCAAGAUUCGGAAGCAACAGGACUCCCUACAAACCCCUUUCAAGAUUCGGAUAGCGCAUCUUUUGCAUCCGAUUACUACUACUCAGGUAAUAACCAACCUAAUUCUUCUUCUUCUAUCUCUGGCUUACCUUCCUCAGGACUCGGACCCGCCUCUUCCGCAGCUGGCCUGCCAAUUACGGCCGCCUCUUCCUCCUCAACAACUACUCAACAAUACCCUCCAUCAGGCCCCUUUGAUGAUAAAAAUAAUAAUAAUAAUAAUAACAACAACAACAUGGCAAUAGCAACAUCUGAUAGAAACCUGCCACUUCCUCAACUAGCUCUCGAUUCCUCUUCAAAUAAUGUCUCGUCAGUCUCUUCAUCAUCUUCCGCUUCCUCUUCUGCUGACUUUUCUAAUAGCAACCAACAGUUACUCCUCAACGAUCCAAACUCCCGCAGUGCAACCUACCAUCAUCACAAUAAUAAUAAUCAACAAUACCCUGCUUCUUCUUAUAGCGACAUUUUACCCUCUCAACACCACCCCCAUUCAAGCGCUGCUUUAGGCGCAACUGCUGCUGCCGCUGCUACAGCCGCUGCUGUUGGUUUGGGUUCUGGCAUUGGUGCUGGUGCUUCCACUGCCUCAGGAUCAACUCUCACAGUCCCAAACUCUUCUCUAAGACAAGACUCUGCUUCAACCCCCCUUUCAGGUCCUUCAAUGUCUUCUGCUGAGUUUGACCGCUAUCCUAACCGUAUCUCUUCAGCAGCUCCUUCCAUCGCUUCCGGAUCAGGUGCUCCCCUUCUUAUCCGAGAUGGGUACCCUGUUUUCCAUCAUCACGGCCACAAUGCCGAUUCAAGUGCCCCAACCCUUGGCUCCGCUAAUAGUGCAACAGCCAUUGGCGGCCCCAUCACAGGCAAUAUGCGAAACUCUUUUUCAAAUGAUUCAGCAGCCUCUUCCUUCUCCGACACGGAGUCCUACGGCGCUGGUAAUCCAUUCGUCGUCAACUCAGACUUUUCUCCCUUUGGCGGCUACCCGGCAUCUUCUUUCCCCCUGCACAUGGAGGAAAAGGAAGCUGAUGAUUACCUCCACAACCCAGACCCCAUUUAUGACGCAAAGUAUGACCGCAAGUGCCAUAUGCUUGACAAGCGGGGCUGGGCCUCUCUCUUUGCUCUUCUCUUUUUGAUUCUCGGAGCAAUUUGCAUCUUUGUCAUUCUUCCGGCCCUUACAUAUACCGGUGCCACUGAGGAACACCGCGUUAUUACUAAGGAAAUCGAGGUCCUCACAAACUACGAGUACAACAUUCUCGGCGCAAUUAGAACCUCUUUGGUCGACCCAGACACACCAGAAAGUGCAUACAAUUAUACCGCUAUGGAUGGCUCUUCUUGGGACUUGGUCUUUUCAGAUGAAUUCAACAUGGAAGGCCGCACCUUUUAUGAUGGUGAUGACCAAUUCUGGACAGCCCCAGAUUUCCAUUAUGCAGCUACUCAGGAUCUUGAGUGGUAUGACCCAGAUGCUGUCAUUACUGAAAACGGUACUCUUGUUCUUAAACUUGACGCUUUCCAAAAUCAUAAUUUGUAUUAUCGUUCCGGUAUGGUCCAAUCUUGGAAUAAGUUUUGCUUUACCCAAGGUCGUCUUGAAGUAUCUGCAAAACUCCCAGGUAACGGUUCCAUUCUCGGUCUUUGGCCCGGUAUCUGGACCUUGGGUAACUUGGUCCGCCCAGGUUACUUGGCCACAGCUGAAGGUGUUUGGCCUUACUCUUAUAAUAGUUGCGAUGCUGGCAUUACCCCGAAUCAAUCCUCUACGGAUGGUAUCUCAUACCUCAAGGGUCAGAAACUUAACGCAUGUACUUGUGAUGGCGCAGAUCAUCCCAAUCAAGGCGUGGGCCGAGGUGCUCAGGAAAUUGAUGCAUUGGAAGGUACCGUCAGUUCCACCCUUCUUGCCGGUGUUGCAUCACAAUCAUUGCAAAUUGCUCCUUAUGACAUUUGGUAUUACCCAGACUUGAAUUUUAUUGAGGUUUAUAAUAGCACUAUUUCCCAACUCAAUAGCUGGAACGGUGGACCUCUCCAGCAGGCCGUGUCCAUGGCUACAGCCCUUAAUGCGACUUGGUACGAGUUGUCGUCAACUCCCAGAUACCAGACGUAUGGCUUUGAGUACCUGAAUGACGAUUCGGAGGGCUACAUUCGAUGGUUUGUUGGUUCGACGCCUGUAUUUACGCUAUAUGCUCCUGCUCUAGGACCCAAUGGUAACAUUGAUCAGCGUGAGAUUUCCAAAGAACCUAUGAGCAUUAUUCUUAACUUGGGUAUUUCCACUUCUUGGGUGUACAUUGAUUGGCCCUCUCUGGUAUGGCCUUCCCGUAUGCGCAUUGACUACGUGCGAGUGUGGCAACCCAAGGAUGCAAUUAAUGUUGGUUGUGAUCCUGAUGGAUACCCUACAUACGAUUACAUUGAGAAUCACAAGGAUGUGUAUACCAAUCCCAACUAUACAGUGUGGGAUGAUACAGUUUAUGAAUGGCCCAAGAAUAAGUUGACAGGAUGUUAA